GAUGAUGUUGAUAUUAUUGUUGCUUCAUUCAUGAUUUCAUUCCCUGGUACAGAUAACAUCCCUGGUUUGAACUUUGCUGGUAAUUGUAAUGAUCAAUUCUCAAACGGAUUAUUGAACUGUCCAAAGAUUGGUCAAGAUAUUAAAUACUGCCAAUCUAAGGGUAAAAAAGUUUUGUUAUCAUUAGGUGGUGCUGUUGGUACUUAUGGUUUUACUAAUGAUCAAGAAGCAGAAAGCUUUGCUGACGUUUUAUGGAAUAUGUUCCUUGAAGGUACCAGUGACACAAGACCAUUUGGUGAUGCUGUUAUUGAUGGUAUUGACUUUGAUAUUGAAAAUGCUAACCCAACAGGUUAUGCUGCACUUGGUAAGAAAUUAAGAGAAUAUUUCGCAAAAGGUUCAAAAGACUAUUACUUAUCAGCUGCACCACAAUGUGUUUAUCCAGAUGCUGGUGUUUAUGAAUUACUUGAACAAGUUGAUAUGGAUUUCAUCUUCAUUCAAUUCUACAACAAUUAUUGUAAUGUUGAUAAAAGCUUCAACUGGGAUACAUGGACUAAUUAUGCUGCCACUAUUUCACCAAAUAAAAAUGUCAAAUUAUACGUGGGAAUUCCAGGUGCUCCAAGCGCUGCUGGAAGUGGUUAUUUGGAUAUUUCAGUUGUCCAAUCAACUAUCGACUCCAUUGGAAAUGAUGAUGCAUUUGGUGGUAUUAUGAUGUGGGAUGCUUCUCAAUGUUUCUUGAAUGUUUUGAGUGAUGGAAGAACUUAUGUUCAAGCCAUCAAAGAUGUUCUUGAAUCGAUUGAUGUGACUGGAACCACAACUACCAGCUCAUCUACUACAACGCUAUCACGCGCUUCUUCAACCACUACAGCUUCAUCAUCAACCACUACAGUGUCACCAAGCACAACAUCUAUAGUUCAAAGCAGUUCCACUUCAAAGGAAAUUCCAGCUGAAUCAACUGAAUCAACUACCACCACUUCUUCCCUCCCAGCAACCACAUUAUCGAGUGUUUUAACUUCAACCGUUAAGGCUACAACUUCUUCAACUUCGUCAAAUCCGUCAGCAACAACCUCUGCUUCACAAGAUUGUUCUUCAUUAUCAGGCUCAGCUAAAGUUGAAUGUCUAAACAACAACUAUUCAAAUGGUAAAUAUGAUGGUAAUACGGGCUCUUGUACUACAGGUGAUGUUGCAUGUGACAAGAAUGGUGGAUAUGCCUUGUGUAACUUUGGCUCUUGGGUUUCUUUAGGAUGUGGUGCUGGUACAACUUGUUAUGCUUAUUUACAAGGUGAUAACGUUGUUACUGGUUGUAAUUGGCCUCUCAAAUGAAAU